AUGAGCCUCGGACGCACAACGUCGACCGAAUUCUACAACAAAGUUGUCUCGCAGUUAGAGGCAGGAGAGGUGCGGGAAACGUUUGGACGCCACUUAGCGCACUAUGUACACAGUACCAACAAGCACCUUUACCCGAUGCUGCGGCAUCCCGACGUUCAAAGAAGGGGAUGCACGCGGACCGGGGUCCCGCUGUACGUCUACGUGUCAGAGGAUCUUUCCAAAACUGUGACAGAAGAGCUGGUGGUGGAAGCUUUGGAGCAGUCAAGCAUCAAAGAGGGCGCUUGUUGCGUCUCAAAGAGAUGCUGGAAGCAAAGACGCGCCUGGACUGGGGAACACGAAUGGAAAAAAUUGCAGAAAAAGACAGAAAUACGGCAGAAAGAGAUCGAGCGGCUGGAAGCCGCCACGAAGGAAAUCCCUGAGCUUUGGGAAGAAAGGGCUGCAACCAGAAUCGCUGUCCAAAGAGCCCUUCUGGACGACGGACACAAAAAAACGAAGAACUGGCUGGGAAGUUUCUCCUCGUCCUGGAGUGCCGGGAUACGCAAACCGGCCGGAAAAGAGUUGUUGCUGAAGGACAAAAGAAGACCAAACGGUUUGUGUUUGGGAGAAAAGUGGCCUGAAAAGAAUCUUAGACAGCCAAGCGUAAUGUUUUCAAAAGGAGGUGGACGGCUACAGCCGCACGAUGCAGUGGUUGCAACGAAAAAGCACCAGACUGCCUAUCUUUGUGCAAGACCCCCAAAUCUUCUGGAGCAACGAAGGAGCAAAAAUUGUUUGGAACCCCACUGCCGUACUAUCCAUCCCAAAGGAGAAAGAGCUACAGGAGCUGCAAAAACUACUGGAAAACUAGAAGCAGGAAGAGCUUUUGGAGAGAACAAAGGAGGAGGUGGAACAAACAAGAUUGGUCUGCUGUGCGACCCCGCCGACCAAAAUUGCAAAAAAAAACUGGAUCUCGCUGCACGCGAAUAUACCGUCGCGCACUGCGCAGAGACAAUCUUUCAACGUCCCAAGAACGAUCCU